AUGUCAACAUCCCAAAACAAUGAUCAAAUAGCACUGAGUGCACCAAUGGCUAUUGGAUGGCAAAGUGCUAUCCCGGCUGCAAUGGAGAACAACGCUUGUAAAGCGUUCGAAUGUGCCACCUCGGAUCUGGACACUAUUUUAGAUGAACACAAUGUUACGGCUCUGUCGGACCUUUGGCAUAAAACGCAUACUCAGAUCAUACCAACUUUACAAGCCAUGUUAUAUCCAUUGCAGUCAUUCGAUUCUUCGUUUGACGUUCGACUGGAAAUUCUGAAGACAUUCCGAGAUCGAGUUCUGACACGAUUACUCGAAAAUGUUCAAUUUCCAAUACCUAUGCUACAAUCAAUGAUUUGCUUGGUGUCAUUCGCCACCUCAGACACAUCCCCUGAGCAUAAACGCUUCAACGAUAUAGCAGAUCGUAUUCUCGAAAAGCAAAGGAAGGAAGCUGAAGAGCGUAACGAUAUGGUCAAGUUAAAGAAAAUCGCGAAGGCACGUUUGUCCGUACCGCAUUCCAUGAACACAAACGCACUACGUGAACGUCUCUUCACGAAGAAGCGCUCGAUCACCAUGCCCAGCAGACGUUUCGUCCACUUCAGCGAUGAAUUGUCCAUAGACGAGGAACGUCCUGGUUCUUUCGAGUGA